AUGAGGGUCAGCCCUUUGCUCCUGGCCACCACCUUCGGUGCUGUGAGCAGUGUCCUUGCGGCACCUGCUCCAGCCCAGGUUGAACGUGGUGUUGAGAUAUCUGGAUCUUUCGGCGGCGAUCAUGAUUGGGAUUGGGGUCACGGCGGUGAUGGCCAUGGCGAUGAUGAUGACGACGGCCAUGAUCAUGAUUGGGAGCCGCCUACCACCACCCCAUGCGAAACAAGCACCGAGUCCACCCCUCCUCACCCUACGUGGACUCCCAAGCCGCCUCACACCCCGAAGCCUCCUACCGAGACGGAGACUAAGCCUCCACACACUCCAAAGCCGCCCCAUACUCCAAAACCUCCUACCGAGACGGAGACUAAACCACCACACACUCCAAAGCCCCCUACAGAGACAGAGACUAAGCCACCACACACGCCGAAGCCGCCUCAUACCCCAAAGCCGCCUACAGAGACAGAGACUAAGCCUCCUCAUACCCCAAAACCACCUCAUACUCCAAAGCCUCCUACUUCGACCCCAAAACCUCCGCCUCCGCCUGAGACAACUCCUUGUGAGACCGAGAGCACGACUACGCCUCCGCCUCCCCCGGAGACGACGCCUUGUGAGAGCGAGAGCACGACUACGCCUCCGCCGCCCCCAGAGACGACGCCUUGUGAGACCGAGAGCACGACUACGCCGCCGCCGCCCCCGGAGACGACGCCUUAUACAACGCCUUGUGAGACACAGAGCACGACUACACCUCCCCCCGAGACCGAAACUCCUCCGGAGACCAAGCCUCCUCACACAGAGCCCCCUCAUCCCACUACCACCUCUACACCCCCACCCGAGACAGAAACUCCUCCGGAGACUAAGCCUCCUCAUCCCACUAGCACCUCGACACCUCCACCCGAAGAGACACCUGCUCCUCCGGUCCCCACCAGCACCAGCACCUGGACCACGUCCUCGUCCUCGUCCAUCACAAUCCCUCCCGAGGAAACCACCACAGUGCCCACCGGAGCAUCGCCUGAGCAACCUACUUCCACCAGCACUACUCCCGAAGCUCCGGUUUUUACUGGUGCCGCUACCGUGGACCAAUUUGGCUCUCCCUUCGCUGGCGUGAUGGCCCUUGCUGCGGUUGUCUUGGCUCUUUAA